AUGUCAUCCCCCCCCAGCAACAACAUGCUGUACCCCAAGGAGGACAAGGAGAACCGGAUUCUGCUUUAUGCUUGCCGCAACUGUGACUACCAGCAAGAGGCUGACAACAGCUGCAUCUAUGUCAACAAGAUCACCCACGAAGUGGAUGAGCUCACACAGAUCAUCGCUGAUGUCUCCCAGGACCCCACACUGCCCCGCACUGAGGACCACCCCUGCCAGAAGUGCGGGCACAAGGAGGCCGUCUUCUUCCAGUCGCACAGCGCCAGAGCAGAGGAUGCCAUGAGGCUCUACUACGUCUGCACU